GUCAUGGGGGGGUCAUGUCACGUUAUUGGUCAUGUCCCCGACUAGUCACGCGCAGAGACAAUUGCAGUCUGAACAUAAGGAUACAUAUGGUUUAGUAUUCCAUUCCAAGUGAUUCCAUGCAGCACGGAAUGGUUUUCAUAUUUGUAAACACCCUUCACUUGCGUUGCGUUCGUGUCAGGUUUUGUUGAGUUGAUCGGCGAGUAACAUGGCGGUGGAUAUGAAGACGCUUCUCACGAAUUUGCUUGCUGCGCUUUCUGAGAACUCGUCGCCUUCAAAUAUCACAGAACUAAAAACGAUAUUAGCUACGGCAAGGCCAGAAGCAAUAUACGUUAAUGUUAGAAAUACUGACCUUGCCCCGCUGUUCAACUUUCUGCAAACGCAUCACGGGGUGGAACAUGAAGACCUAAUUGAAAUCUUUGGCAAGCUCUUGGAUUCGUUUCCUUCUAAAGUGUUGAUGUCAGCUAUGAAGAUACAAAUUACCAGGACUUUAAAGUGUAACUCUACAGCUUUGAAGGGUGUGCUGCUCCGUCAACUGAUCCGGUGCUGCAAAGACAAUUCAACUUUGUGCGAUGUUGCAACGGACCGCCACUUGUUGGAGUCCGUGGUGCAGCUUCUCGGUGAUGAGGACACGUGGACUUCCAAGCAAAGUGCAGCCAUCCUUAAAGAAGUUACUCGUGAAAAGGAAGCUCUAAGCGCAUUGUUACAUCCACCACUGACGAAAGUCAUGGGUGAGGUGAUGGAUCGAGGAGACAUAUACAGGUUCCGUGUUCACGAUGUUCUGGUGGACGUGGCUAAAGCUUCUCGGGAAAACAUGGAACGCGUCGUUGAAAGCGGAUGUCUCAAGUGCCUUCUCGACGAAAUGAACGGCAACGACAUCCUUGUGAAACUGAAUGCAUUGGAGUUGCUCACUGACCUUGCAGCUACACCACAUGGUCUGGACUACCUUGAGAAGGUGGGAAUGGUAAACAAACUAAGGGACAACAUCAUGGCUCUCAGUGCAGACCCCCUGGCCAGUUUCCUUGCCCCAGGAUUGCUCAAAUUCUUUGGUAACAUUGGCCUGAGCAGCCCGCAGAGGCUCGUGUCACGUUACCCCCAAGUACUGGAUUUUAUAUUAGACUGUGUUCAAGAAAGUGACCUGUCCUGCCAGCUGGUUAGUAUUGAAACAGUUGGUGUCAUCAGUGCUUCUACACAGGGAAAGUGCUCCUUGAAGCAAUUUGAUAACAAGAUGAAGAUGUACAUGAAAAAGCUUAGGGAAAACAUCAAUGGAACCAAAAAUGAGAUCAGAGUACGCUCUCUUGGUGCCCUUGCCAAUGUUCUCCAUGUGGAGGAGCCAUCAGAAGACAUGCUAGCCCUCACUGAGGCAUGGUACGGAGCAUUGGGAGAUGGAUCUACGAAACUUCUGCUUCAGAUCUGCAAGCAGCCGUUUCCAGAUUUGCGAUGCGGGGCCCUCGCUGUACUGCGCGAAUUGGCACUCCAGGCAUGGGGACAGGAUGUACUCUUGGCCCAGCCGGGCUUCCUUGAGUACCUGCUGGACCGUUCCACUGAGCCAGACAAAGAAGGCAAAGAAGCAAAGUUCACGGUUGUUGCUGCCUUUGUGCAGUCCCGCAUGCCUUCGCGCAGAAUUGCUGCGGAAGAUUUGGAGCGUCUCAUGUCGUACUACAGGGAGGGGCCGUUUCAUUCUGAAGCAGUAACAGCUGUCGCGUUUGAAGGAGCAACAUGAAAGCGGUGUAACUCGCAUUCUGAAGCUACGUUGGUCGUGAACAACUGUGUGUGUGCUUCACUUCUGAUUUUAACAAUGGCACGAUUUCAAUGUUCAGUCGGGCACACAUUGCGAGCGGCACAUUACGCUACGUAACUGGACACCAGGGUUUUUACAUACUGCAUGUUAAUGCCUUGAAGUUUCUCUAUGUAAAUGUAACGGAUGUAAAUGAAUGUAUAAGUAAAGAUAUCGACUCUUCUGUG